UGAAACUCUGAGACCAUGAGGAAGAGAAACCCGACCAUGAGCCUCCACAAUGCCUCGUUUGGUUCAUCAACUUGGCCCCCCCUCCCUCUGACCCUCCACCAGGUGUCGUCGCGCAGGCAGGAGAUCACGGACCGCCUGGACGCCUGGACCCUCUUCAACGACAAGAACAAGGAGCUGUGUGACUGGCUGACGGGCAUGGAGGGCAAGGUGCUCCACCACGACGGGGAGGUGGGCAUCCAGGAGAUGGUGGAGAAGCUCAAGAAGGACUGCAUGGAGGAGAUGAACUUGUUCAGCGAGAACAAGAAGCACCUGCAGCAGCUGGGCGAGACACUGCUGCAGGCCAGCGGGCAGGCCCAGCACGGCACGGUCCACGGCAGUCUGCAGGAGGUCAACCAGCGCUGGCACAAGCUCUUCCACAGCAUCCAGACCAGGGUGAGGAAGCUGAAGGAGACGCUGACGACGGUGCAGCAGCUGGAUAAGAACAUGAGCAGCCUGCGCUCCUGGCUGUCCCGCGUGGAGGCCCAGCUGUACCGGCCCGUCUCCUACAGCGUCUGCCACCACCAGGAGGUCCUGCACCGGCUCGCCGAGAACCAGGAGCUCCAGCGGGACAUCGAGCAGCACAUGGAGGGCGUGGCGUCGGUGCUCAGCCUGUGUGACGUGCUGCAGGGGGACGAGGACGCCGAGGGCGAGGGGGACUCCCUGCUGGAGACCAGCCGCAGCCUGGACCAGCGCUGGAGGGCCAUCUGCGCCCUGGCCCUGGACCGCAGGCUCAGGAUCGAGGAGACAUGGAGGCUGUGGGGUAAAUUCCUCGACGACUACGCACGCUUUGAAGAUUGGCUCAAGAUGGCGGAGCGCACGGCCGCCAAGCCCAACUCCACAGACGUCCUGUACACGGUCGCCAAGCAGGAGCUCAAGAAGUUUGAGAGUUUCCAGAGGCAGGUGAACGAGCGGCUGACCCAGCUGGAGCUGGUCAACAGCCAGUACCGCCGGCUGGCCAGGGAGAACCGCACCGACCGGGCCAGCCAGCUCAGGUCCAUGGUGCACCAGGGCAACCAGCGCUGGGACAGCCUGCACCGCAGAGUGGCCGCCAUCCUGCGCCGGCUCAAGCACUUCACGGGCCAGCGGGAGGACUUUGAGAGCACCAGGGAGAGCAUGCUGGUGUGGCUGACGGAGCUGGACCUGCAGCUCACCAACGUGGAGCACUUCUCCCAGAGCGACGUCCGCCACAAGAUAGAGCAGCUCAACGGCUUCCAGAAGGAGAUCACCCUGAACACGGAGCGCAUCGACGGCCUCAUCGUGUUCGGCGAGGGCCUGAUCCAGAAGAGCUCCCCCAUGGACGCGGCCGUCAUCGAGGAGGAGCUGGAGGAGCUGCACGCGUACUGCCAGGAGGUGUUCAGCAGGCUGGUCCGCUUCCACCAGCGCCUCAGCACCGCCCCGGCGGACGAGCCGGAGCCCUUCUACAACAGCGUGACGCUGGAGGAGAGCCUGGAGCUGAUAGGCCGGCCGUGGCUGGGGCGGGGCAGCCUGCCGGCCACGCCCACUCACCUGCUGAGCUCGCCGAUGGAGCGCUCGGGCUGCGGCACCCCGGUCAGCGUGGACUCCCUGCCGCUGGAGUGGGACCACACGGGGGACGUCGGGGGGUCCUCCACUCAGGAGGAGGACGAGGAGGAGGAAGAGCUGGAGGAGGAGGACGAGGAGGGGAUGUACUUCAGCGUGCUUUCAGACUUGGAGAGGAGUGAAAGCGAGGAGGAGUAUGUGGACGUGGCCGGAGAGUGGCCCCUAGAAGGCCCCCUACCGGCUCCCAACAGGUCCAUGCGGGUGGAGGCCCAGUCUCCAAGCUGGCAGACCGCCGACGACGUGGACACCUUGGACACCUCUGAGCGGCCGCCAGCGCUGCUCACCAGCACGCCGCAGAAACACAGCUAUCUGCGGCUGCUGUCUGAGUGCAGUGGGAGUUCUGAGGACAUUAAGAGGGUCUCUCUGGUCCGGGAUGGCGAGGAGCAGCUGGAGACCCCGCCGCAAGCAGGGCUUACCUCCACAGACGCACAGCCAGUGGGGAUGGAGUCCUGGGUGGACGUGCCCGAGGUUCAGUCCAGGAUCCACCCGACGCGGCCGGCUCCACAGGAACCCAGGACCCACGUGACCUCUGACCUGGCGGAGGAGGUGACCUCCUGGCUGGCACUGGUGGGGCCGGAGCUGGAGCUGAUCCAGCGCCGCGACCCCGCCACCAGCAUCCCGGACCUGGAGGCGCGGGUCAAACGCCUCAAGGAGAUGCAGCGGGAGUUUGCUGGCUACCAGUCCGUGGUUGGUGAUGCCGGAGGGCUGCUGGGGGCUGGAGCUGCUCUGGAUGGGGGGGAGACGGAGGGGAGCCUACUGGGGGAGCUGAACCGGGGCUGGGGCCAGGCGUGCACUGGCCUCCAGGACUGGGAGCACAGUCUCAGGACCAAUCUCCUGCACUGUCGGGAGUUCAACGGAGCCCUCCACUCCUUGCUGCUGUGGUUGGCCCAGGCAGAGAGCAAAUGCCACGCUGUGGACAUCAGCCAAUCACACGCCCCGCUCCGCAGCCUUCGGCAGCAUCGCUGCACGCUCAGCGGCCUCCAGGCUGAUCUGAGGAGCCGGCAGUCGGAGCAGCGCUCCCUGCAGGUGCUGUGGUCUCAGCUGCAGCCCCGCCACGGCCCCACCGCCGAGGGAACGGAGGCCCAGGAGAAGCUGCACGUCACGGCCAGCAAGCUCCGGUCGCUCCUGAGGCACGUGGAGCGCGACCUGAGCCGCCUGGACCAGCGUAUGGACUGUGAGUCUGCGUUGUCCUCUUCAGCUGAAGGAGGAGGAGGAGGAGGAGGAGGAGGAGGAAGGGGCCAGAGUGCAUUUGUUGCUUCUCCACAGGAGCGGGAACACUCAAGGAAGCACUCCUCUAAAAGGCCGAGGACGGGCGGAGCCCCCCCUCCCCCACCUCCUCCCCGUCGCUCCUUCCUCUGCCGGGUGCUGCGCGUGGCCCUCCCCCUGCACCUCCUCCUCCUCCUGCUGCUGCUGGGGCUGUGCUGCCUGCUGCCCCGGCCUGCCAGCGACCCAGGCUGCUCCCUCAGCAACAGCCUCGCCCGCUCCUUCUACCCCAUGCUGCGCUACACCAACGGACCCCCGCCCACAUGAUGACCCCCGUCCCCCCCCCCGUCCCCCAUGGAAACAUGAGAUCUUUAAAGACAUGGACAUCUGGUGGACAUUUUUCUUCACCGAUUUCCUCUUUGGGGAACCAUGAGUUUAGAUCGGAGGACGAGCCGGGAUGGGUGGGUCCUGCAGUGAGAUCCUGACCCCUGACCUUGGGAAUGAUGACGCCCUUUGUCACUAUUACCGUUUGAGAUGGUAGUAGUGGCCACACACACACACACACACACACACACACACACACACACACACACACACACACACACACACACACACACACACACACACACACACACACACACACACACACACACACACACACACACACACACACACAACGCAAAGGCAUUUGCAGGAACACUCAGUCCCAAAUGCAGGAGUCUCUGCUGUAUGUAUUCUGCUAGAAUCCCACUUUCUCAAUGUUCAGGACUUACUUCCGAGGAAGAGCGUUCGGAUCUUCAAGAACAAAGAGAGGUCAUUUUCAAGGAAUUGUAUUUUUUGUUUCUACUAUGUCUCACUUUAAGAAUGUUAGAACGGGUUUUAUAUAUUUAAUUUAAAAAUGGUAUGAAUUUAUUCUGCCGAUAAACACUGUUUCUCUUACACAAUGUGUGUGUUGCUUCAGGUCUUUAACAGCAAACACAAAAAAUGCAUAUAGCACAAUACAUAGUGAGAUUUGACUUGGUCUGAGCAGGCUAGAUGUUUGGAUUCUUUCGAGUGAAAUGUAAUGUCUACAUUGUUGGGUGUCAUAGUUGUCAGUAAACCUUGCCUAUCAAUUGAUUCCCGACAUAUAUGUGUCCAUUUUUCCCUUAGUGUAACAUUCAAUAAAUAUAUAUUAACAUUAA